AAAUCGUCUGACGCGAACUCUAUUUAUUCGUCUACCAAGACUCACAGCAUCAUUUCUACUGUGUGAUCCGAACGGAUCGGUCACAGUGUAAAAGUAUUCCUGGGUGUUGAUUCUUCCAUUAGUGAACGGGCAGAAAUGGCGAAAGCAGGCGCUGUAGCACUGCUUCUGCUGGCCACCCUUGCGGCUGUAGCCAGGGGACAGGUCGAUGAGGUAUUGAAAUGGCAAAAGGUAGAAUACGACGUACCGGCGGAAGUGUUACAGCGUGAAAAUGGCUACAUACCAAUUGGUAACAUACCGAUGGGUGCUGUACAUCACAAGAAUCGGGUGUUUGUGGCCGUUGCCCGCCGUCGCUGGGGUAUCCCAUCCACACUGAAUGUGGUCGACAUUUCGCCACCAUUCCCCAACACGAACGUGAUCCUCAAGCCGUAUCCUAACUUCGCUCUUAACGAGCUACGGGCGGACUUGCAACCAGACGCGAACCGUAUUGUGACGGUUUACCGUCCACGUGUCGAUCGUUGCGACCGGCUGUGGUUUGUCGAUACGGGCAUGAUGGAAAUCCCCGGAAACUUUACUGUCGUCCAAAGACCCUCUGUCUGGUCGAUCGAUCUUACAACCAACGAGCCAAUCCAUCGCUUCGAAAUCCCCAAGGAAGCGGUCGAAACUGGCUACGGAUUAACUUCGAUCACGCUCGACGUAGAUCCGACCGAUUGCGAGAAGGUGUUCGUGUACAUUUCCGAUCUCCAGACGUACCGCAUGGUGGUGUACGAUUAUGCUAACCGACGCGCUUGGCGCUUCCUGCACAACUACUUCUUCCUUAACCCGCUCGAGGGUGACUACCUGAUCCAAGGUAUUAACUUCGCCUGGGACGAUGGUAUUUUCUCGAUCGCGCUUGGUAAUCAAGAUCCGACCACCAAGUUCCGUACCGCUUACUUCCACGCCCUGUCGAGCAACUCCGAGUUUACCGUGUCCACGGAGGUCCUGCGUAAUGAGACGGCUUCCCAGCGUUCCUGGCAUGGGACCGACUUUAAGCUGCUUGGCUACCGUGGCAGCAAGUCCCAGUCAAGCAUACACGCGUUCGAUCCGGAAACGGAAGUGAUCUUCUUCGCGCUGAUCCAACAAAAUGCGAUCCUCUGCUGGGAUUCGAACAAACCGUUCGCAUCGCAAAACAUGGCGAUCGUGUACAAAAACGAUCGUGACAUUGUGUACCCAAAUGAUCUUUCGAUCGAUCAAAACGGUUACGUAUGGUUCAUGACGAACUCCAUCAUUAAGCUGCUGUACACCCAGCUGAGCUUGGACGAUUUCAAUUUCUUCGUGUGGCGUGCGAACAUCAAGCAGAUCAUCAAGGGUACCGUUUGCGAUCCAUCCUCACCGCCGAACGUACUGUCCGGCCAGCGGUUUGGAGACGAGAACAAUAACGAUCGUGUGACGUUCUUCGAGCACAAGGACAAGCAGGGACCGGGCGGUGGUCCGUACGGAGGCUGGGGACACGGUCCGGGUCGCCCUGGUCGACGGCCGUAAAGCAAACGAGCGUAAAGCGAACUGCGAAUAAGAGUAUCAAAUAAAGCGCGUCAAUUUUUCCGAAAUCUACCACUAAA